GGAAAAAACGUUUUGGCCAUCUGAGAUUAUUUGCACAUCACACUGUCUUCCCUAAUUUUGUCAGUCGUCGUCUCCGGGAAACUCAUUUGAUUUAUUCCUCGGCCAUUGGAGGAGACGGUGAAAGCAGGGAACGUAUCCAUCGAGACUACCGGCAGCCGUGAGACUCUCAAAUCAAAUAAAGUUGCCGUCUGUAGGGAUGGUUAUUCCUCCUCCAGCAAGGCCAGAAAGAGUGUUGAAGUAUCUAAAGCCCUAUGUCCUAAAAAUGCACUUCACGAAUAAGUUCGUGCACGCCCAAGUUGUCCACACCCCGACAGCAACAGUGGCCUCGGCUGCCAGCACGCAAGAAAAAGCCCUGAGAUUAAGCAUGGAAAAGGCGAAAGAAAACAUGAGGGAUGUGGCUGCUGCUGCAAAAAUCGGGAAGAUACUUGGAGAACGCCUGCUGAUGAAAGAUAUUCCGGCUGUUUCGGUGGCCCUGAGUAGGGAUCAGAAAUAUCACGGCAAGGUGAAGGCUGUUAUUGAUUCUUUGAGGGAUGCCGGGGUGAAAUUAAUAUGAGCGCCGAGCAGAUUAUUCAUAGAAUGGCGAAGGAAAAACACUCAAAACGACGUUUUUGGGGUACGUAGCUGUUUACAUCUUUUGGAUUAUGAACUAAGUCUUCUUUAUAUUUGAUCUGAUUCGAUUACUGUUGGAAGUGUUCUUGGAUUGAACAAUCAAGGUGCUGUUUUUGUUUGUUUUUAAAUGUCAAAAGUACAUUUUUGUAGUUUUGUUAAUCUUUUGUUCUAGCA